AUGCUGCAAGGUCAGGAGGGAGCCUGGCUUGAGCAGGAGGUGGGCAAUUGUGAGGACGGCUGUGCAUGGCUUGUGAUCGGUGAUUUGGCUGAUCUGGCUGCCGAGGUCCGACACAUCAAGUCCAUGGGCCUGUGCCGCAGUUCUGGCGAGGGCAACGCCAAGGUGAUUGAAGAUGAAGCUCCACAAGGCAGUGAACUUAAGCGUGUGAGGAUUCAGUAUCCCAGUCCAGUGGGAAUCUUUGAUGAUGACCCUGAAGGACAAGCUCAACCGACAACACCUCCAGUGAUUGUGCCUCAGCAAUCAAAUGCUUCAGCAACAGCAACAUCUUCUUCUCAAGCGAUGGCCAUUGAUGUUCCACAGACUCCUGAUGUUUUGCCUGGACAACCUACAACACCUCGAGGCAGUCCUGUGACGAGGCAACAUGAAGUUGAAGGAGAUGACCAUGAGUCGAAACGGGCUCGAGUUGAGUCUCAGAAAAAGCAACGCUUGGAGAGGAUCAGCGCUGAGUAUGCUGCUCAAGUGCGCACUGUGAAGUUUGCUGAGGAGACCUAUCACACCAUGGAUGAGUACGACCACGACUUGAAGCUAGACGACCAUGACAAUGUUGAAGCAUGGUUGGAGGAGGAGAAAGAUGAUGUGCAGGUGGACACAAUGCUUGAUGAACUGUGGGCAAACCAUCCCAUCGAGAAGCAACCUCCAGAGCCAGAAGCUUGGGUUGACAGGAUUGCUGACAAGGUCGAAUUGACCAGACUUUGCAACAUGGGUGUCUUGGUCGAAGGCAACAUUGACAACCUGAGUGCAGAUUCAACAUUGACUUCCAAGUUUGUGUACGACUGGAGAUUGAAGGAGCGUACAUUGGUUGAUGGAACCAAGUGUCAAUGCUGGCUCAGGAGAUCACGUCUUGUGGCACGUGAGUAUGCCUUUUGGGAGAAGCGUGCAGACACCUAUGAGGAUCAGACAAGCACCGAGAAGGUGGUUCAGUUGUUUGAGAAGAACUUCGGUGCAGUGCGCUCUCAGAUGAUCCCUUGCGAUGGUGGAAUCAACACGGAAGAUCUUUCAAGUGAGUUGCCACCAAGAGAAGCUUUCGCCUAUCGCUCAGUGGUUGGGACAUGCCUCUACUUGGCACGUGACAGGCCUGACCUUCUCUAUACGGUCAAAGAGCUUUCAGGAGCAAUGUCGAGACCAACCUACACAGCCUUGCAACGACUGAAGAAGCUUGUUGGAUAUCUCAAAGCUACCCCAGAUUUUUGCGUACUUCUGGAUUACCCUGUUGGUGGACAAGGGAAGUGGCGUGCGACAGAUCGCUUUUGGAUCUUGGAGACCGACAGCGACAGCGAUUGGAGCGGCCACCAGACCCAUCGAAGGUCUACGAGCUGCGGGAUCCACAUGCUCAAUGGAUCAUUCCUUUUUGGGAGCUCAAGGACACAGCGAGUGGUAAGCCUUUCAAGCUGUGAGUCAGAGCUUCACUCUAUGGUCAGUGCCCUCAGCGAUGGAAUCUUCCUGAAUCGAUGCCUGAUGUUUAUCUGUGGGGGAGAAGUUCAACAUGUGCUCUUCACAGAUUCAUCUUCGGGAAGACAGUUGGCAAUGAGACAAGGGACCGGGAAGGUCAAACACCUUUCUGGAAAGAUCCUAUGGAUCCAAGAUGCAGUGAGGACAGGACUGGUUGAACUUUCACAGAUCAGUGCAGUUUGGAAUUUGAGCGACAUUGGUACCAAAGCUUUGGGAAUUCAGCGAGCGCGACUUCUACUUCACGAGCUCAACGUGGCAACAGGCCAACGCAACAAGGAGCCCAAUGACGCUACAUCAACAACAGCUGGAUGGAGCUAUGGAUUUUGGUUUUUCAUCAUGCCCAUUCUCUUCGCACUGGGAUUUUUCUUGUGGAAGGUUUGGAAGCGAGCAAAGGAUGCCUAUGACAGCUAUGAGCAAAACUACACAGACCUUGCAGUUUUGGAGUCAGCCUUCGAAAGAUUUCAACGAGAGAAUCAGUUUCUCAGAUGCGACAUCAAUGCCCUCCAGGUGGAAGAGCUUCUUGGACAGAUGAGAAGGCUCAGAGAGGGCCAUAACGAACUGCAGGGGGAGAUCGUCCAGGACUCAUCAGAGUUGGUGCACUAUGGCCUGGUGCAACUGGGUGGAUUUACCUUUUUCCAAACAUUGGAUCCGGGCCACAGGAGGCAUAUGUACGAGCUUGAACGCGGCAGCAUGGUCGCACAUAGGACCAUGGGUGCUGACCGCUACUUAGCAGUGGUCAGGCAGCAAAACCAGGGGACAGCACGAGGUGGCGACGAUACAGAUAUGCUGCAGGACAACUCAUCAGAGGAGGCUCUACGAGAAAUUAGAGCUCAAGUCCAUGAGCAGCUGGAAUCGGACGAAGAGGAAGGCGAUGAUGUGGGUUUGGCGCCUUCGGAGAACAACUUCAACAUUGCGACGGAGACCCUGAGAUCAGAGGUCAAUCAGAGCUUGCAGCAACACCACUAUGCCCGAGCAGCUCAGCUACAGCAGAUGGUGAUGAUGAUCUUGGACACCACUCAUGUCGAUCGGCUCAUUAGCAGUGCCGACCGUGUCUUGCUCUUCAAUGGUUUGGGAGACAGGAUGGAAAGUCUAGCAGACGAAAAUCGACUGAAUGACCCAGUCACUGCGCAGCGCUAUGAAGCGUAUGAGCUCCAAGGCUUGCAGGCCGGUCACAGCCUGGAGCUGGAGCGGCUCCGCGAGGAACUGGGCCGAGAACGCGAGCUGCAUCGGGAGGCUUCUCAUGUCCUCCACGGUCUCCAAGCACAGAGGGAUGAGAAGGUGAAAGAUCUUCAAGAGGAGCUACGAAAUCUUAGCGAUGGGUUAGCUCAGAAGGAAGAAGACAUGCUGAAUAUUCAGUUCAGCAUGGCUGAACUGCAGAACCGCUGUGUUGACCAGGGCGUUCUGGUUGAAGAGAAUGCGGAUGCCUUUCAGAAGGCAUCAGAGGAGUUGGCUGAGAAAGAAGAGGCCCUGGAGAAUGCCAUCCAGAAGCAGCAGGAACUCAUCGCCCAGAUGAACCUCGUCUCGGGGGAACUCCAAGGACAGGUGACUCAGCUCACCAAAGAGCUUGAGCUGAGCAAGGCCUCAAAAGAGCAAGUGCAAGCAGCCGCUUCAAGGCUGGAAUCGGAGAAAGCUGUGCUGCUCAACGAAAUGCAGCAGAUCCGCAGCAAGGCUGCCACCGACCAGGAGGCAUUGGGGGAGAAGAUGCGGCAGCAGGAGAAGGAAGCUCAGAAGAAACUUGAAGAAUUUAAACAGGAUUUGAUGCAACUGAGUAGCUGCAAGGACUUCGACAUGGGUCAGGAGGGAUUCAAGUCACGUCAGCAGUCCGGUGAGUUGGAUCGGCAAGGUCCUCAGUUUCCAGCGCCUGGAGAGACUGAGUUGGUCUCUCCCAUGGCGCCGAGCGUGCUCAUUGCGGUGGAAAUUGAUCUUGGAGGCAGCGGGGACGACACCAACGGAGGUGCGGCCACUCUGACCAUUGCUCCUUGGCAAACAAGCUCUGAUUACAAAUUGGUGGUUCAAGAUUUCAUCCACAACUACCGUUUGAAGCCCAUCUUCGAAGAAGCGGUUGUUCGCUUCCUUCAGGUGCCCGGUGCAAUGGCAUGGGAACAAUGCAAGUUGGGAACCGUGAGAGAAGCCCAUGGGAAUGCGUCAGCUCCGGGUGAUUUGGAGAUAUGGAGCACCAAGCUGCCAGAACGUGCAGAGAUGGUUUGCAAGCUCCACUCCAGGACCUUCAGAAAGAUCUUGGAAAUUGAGGCCAUCUCGAACCUACGAUUCCUCCACAAUCAGACGGAGGAAGACGGGCUGGCACCUGAAGAAGAUAGGCUGGCAUCUGAGGAAGAGGACGGAUUAGCCUCAGAGGACGAGCGUUUGGAACGAGAAGCAGCUGCAAGAGAAGCAGAAGAGGUCCAUCAGUGGGAAGUGGAAGAUGUUGUGGAACUGCAUGGCCUGGAAUCUGCUGCCCUCAACGGCCAGGAGUUAGAUCAAUGCAAAGUGCAAGUGAAUGACCUCCGGUCAGCUCAAGAACAGCUCGCAGAAAUCACAGAGAUUUCAAAGGAGCGCGACGAAAGCAGCGAAGAGAUUGCCCGAAUGCAUACUCUGGAAGAAAAAUACAAGGCAGAGAUAGCCCAGCUUGCUAAGGAGUUGGAUGAUGCGAGAUCACUGGUGAACGAAUUCCGGAAAACUGAAGAAGAACACCUCGCAGAAAUUGCUUGUAUAUCCAAGGAGCGCGACGAAUUGAAAGAAAAAUACGAAGCAGAGGCCAAAAAGUCGCAUUUGUGCCCCAAAUGUGUGGAAACAGAGGAAGCUCGCUUGGAAGCAGAAGCAGCUGCAAGAGAAGCAGAAGAGGAGGCUGCAAGAGAAGAAGAGCGUCGAGCAGCAGAAGAAGCAGCACGGCUGGCGAUCCAGGAGGCUGGUAGGAAGGCACAUGCUGCCAUACGGGCUGAACAGGAAAGGCUGGAAGCAGAGGAAGCAGCUCGCUUGCAAGCAGAAGCAGCUGCAAUAGAAGCUGAAGAAGAGGCUGCAAGAGCAGAACAUUGUCGGACAGCAGAAGAAGCAGCACGAUUCACAACACAAGAGGCUGCCAGAAGGGCUGAAUUGGAAAGGCUGGAAGCAGAGGCAGCAGAGGAAGCAGCUCGCUUGGAAGCAGAAGCAGCUGCAAGAGAAGCAGAACAGGUCCAUCAGCGGGAAGUGGAAGAUGUUGUGGAACUGCAUGGCCUGGAAUCUGCUACCCUCAACGGCCAGGAUCCUCGGAUCAUCGUCUCUGUGGGAAGGUUUGCCGGGGUGCAGGAAACCAUCAAAGUUUUCGAGGAUCCCAAGCGACGCCCGCUGAGAAUUCGGUGGUUUGAGCCCAUCAAUGUGUUUGAGGAACGCCGCUUCGGGCCACACUUCAAGGAUAUCACCUUCAAGGCGCCAAGCGCAGGUGGCGGGUGA